AUGCACCAUGAGUAUACUCCGGCACUAGAAUACUCACAUGAGCGCCACUUUGUUCGGACUGUUGAGGAGGUGGAGGGUUUGGUCAUUCAGCACUUGUUUGAAUUAUCAAAAGCUAAUCUUUCAGGCACAGAAGUUGUCGGAUAUGCCACUCUCGGUGAAUUUACCCUUCUGAAAUAUUCUCGUCACGAUUUUCUUAGGAAACCAUGGGCGGUGCCUGAAAAUCGGGAGAUGAGCGCCAAAUACUUUAAACUUGUCCGGUCUCAUGAGGAAAUCACUUGUGUGAACGUGGAGAUUGGCCGUCUGGAUGCUUGGGUUGAGUAUGAUGACAAAAAAAUGCUCGAAGUCAUCGAGAUGUUGGCUACUGAUGAUCCAUCCUCUCUGCUUGCUGCUGAGCUAAGGAAACAAUACUCAGUCCGCCAUCGCGUCAACAACGUCCACUGCUGUCGCUUACACAGGAUUGGCCAACUCAAAGGGUACAACGGCCCAUUUCCGGUUAUGCAACAUGAUGUCACUGAGAAUGGUCAAGAUGAAGGGAGUGGAGACUACGAAGAGACGGAUGAGCUGGGUGACGAAGCUUCACGCCUUGAAGAUGCAAUUAGUCGCAUUCAAUAA